GAUAUAGUUUAAUGUUAAUCUAGAUAAUACUGUAGUUUUUGACCUCUCAUCUAGAUCUACGUAUCCCAUUCGAGUUUUGAAUCUCGACAAGUUUUUAAACUGAAGACGAGGCUUCUAAUCAAUGUCGGCCAUUGUCAACGGUAAUCGUUGAGCGAAUAGGUCUUAUUAUAGCAAGUGCCAUCCUGGAUUAAUUGGUCUUAUUUUGCUGAUAUAAACUUCGCAUUUUAUUCACAAAAGUCUUAGCAAUUUGAUUUAGUAUAUAUUUCAAGUAGGAUCUAUUCAUAAAGUUGGAUAAAAUCGACGAUAAAAACCUAAACAAAGCCGAUCUUCAAAAUGGCUUGCGGAGCAACUUUAAAACGGUCGUUGGAAUUCGAUCCAUUACACAGUCCUAGUCAAUCAACACCAAUAAAACGUAGACGAUGUAUGCCUUUGACUAUGGCUCAGACUCCUCCACCAACAAAGUUACACCAACUCACACCGUCACCAUUUGCAGAUUUAUCUCCAAAAUUAUCUAAAGAAGAAAUUGCUGAAAGAAUUGGAUCAGAACUUAAAAGAAUGCAAAGGCGAAAACAGUUGUUCAUGCCUCGUUCUAUAAGUCCACCACUCUCAACUUGUUCAUCUCUUGGUCGUCAGAGUCCCACUCUAACAUUAGAUAUGUUGACAUCCAUUAACUCUUCAAAUGACUUUCCUUCAGCAUCUACACAGUCUAACUCAGGGACCUCAUCACCAAAACAGAAAGAUGUACCUUUGUUCACAUUUAAACAGGUGGCUAUGAUUUGUGAACGUAUGAUUAAGGAGCAUGAAGACAAAUUAAAGGAAAGCUAUGACAAAGUUCUAAGCAGUAAAUUAUCAGAACAAUAUGAGGCAUUUUUAAAGUUCAACCAUGAUCAACUUCAGAAGCGUUUUGGCAAUGCACCAAUGAGCUAUGUUUCAUAAUGAGAAAUGGACUGGACAUUCAAAUAGCAACUUUUUUUGUUUGCCUAUUAUCAUCUUGCUGCACUUGUUACCUUGCCAGCAGCUGGACUAUGUUUCAUGAUCGGCAUUUUUUUUUUAUUAAACAAGGAAAUUCAAGGACCUGCAAACAGUGCUCAGUCUACAACUUUUUCCCAACGUAUGAUAACUAUUUUUCAUAAAUGGGAAACUAAUGUACAUGGUUUAAUCUGAACAUGACGGGUAAUUUUUCUUUCAAUUCUUUGGUGCAGUAAACUGGAUUCCAAGCCUUAACAUUUUUUUAAAUCUGAUAUUAAUCUGGACUGCAAGUGAGACUAAUUUGGAUUACACUGCAAAAGGUUAUUAUGAUGAGAUAAGCUUGGCACUGGAUUGUAGGCUUUUUUUUUUUUUAACUUAAUUUCAUUCUUUGUAUGAUUUGAAAAUUUGUCAGCUUAUCAAAAUAUCUUUGUUUAUAAAAAGUCACUUUUGAGUGUAAUCUAAUAUAUAUUUUUGGUUGACCUCUCAUGAAAUGUUUUCAUCAUUAUCCAUUCUGUGCUUGCUGAUGGACUAGUUGUUCUUGAAAUUUACAAUAUGAAAAGUUUUCUUAAAUGUUUAUUUUUUUUGUUUAUUUUAUUGAUUCCUAUUAUUUUAAGGAGUGCUAGUGACAGUUGUGAGCCAUUACAAAUGUGAAUUAUAUAGUUCUAAAAUGGAUCCAGUAAAUAAAUUUUGUAAAUAUAUAAUUCAUUAUUUUGCAUGAUUUUACUAACUGAAUAAAGUUAUAACCUAUUCUAUACUUUUUACCAAGCUUUUAAUUGUUUACUAAGUAUUGAUUCAGUCAUGUAUAUUUAUUAAUUGAAAAAAAAACGUUGCCCUUAAUAUGACAGUUAAACAUUUUGUUUUCCAUUUGACUUUUAAAAAAGUUGUUUUUUAGACUGUUAUUCAUUUUUAUUUUGAAACAAAAAAUGGGGCAUAUGAAUAAAAAAAAAAAGAUUUAAUUGAUGAAUUAAGUUUCAUAACUUGACAGGCUCAGUGCUUAGUUUAUUUAAAGUUCUUGAAGUAUUCAAAUCAUGUAAAUACAAGCUUCAUAUGAAAUCAGAAUAUUUAGUGUAGAAUUCUGAAAGAUGUAUCACCUAUUUUUUAACAUGGGACAAAAUAAUUUGUUGAAUACAUCUAUUAAGAAAGAUAUUACAUGAUUCAAAAAUAAGUUAAUAAAAAAAACAAAAAUACUAGCGUCUAUUCCUCUUUUAGGGUCCGCUAAUAAUAAAGAAAUACUUAGCAUCUAGGCCUUUUUCUGUAGAUGUGGAUAUUGCAAGACAAUUUAAAAUAACUAGUGUACAUUUACAUUACUAAAUGUGCCAUGUAAUAUAAUUUCUUAUUUAUUUCAAAGAAUGUUGUAAAUUUUUUUUUUUUUUUUAGUUGUUCAAGAACUUUACAACAUUACAAUAGAUACCAUACAAAAAUCUUGAAAAUACAGACUUUUAAACGUCUAGAUAUCUCCAUUUUCAGACAUGUAUAGGUAUUAGCUUUUACCAGUUUGGCCUUCAUCGUAUUUAUAUAUAAUAGUAAUAGUAUUUCUACAGUGUAGAGAUAAAAUUAUGGAAGCUGAAAAUGAGUGUGUGGCCAUGUUAUGUCAUUUGAUUGAAAACUUUUGUAAUAGAGCUUGAUUGAAAUGAGGUCAACCUUAUUAGCAGUGGUAAGAUACCAAUAGCAUGACUGUAAGUUGGUGUUGUGAUGUGUGCAAACUUCAAAAUGUGUGUACAUAGAAAUACAUUGAUGACCUGUUAACAAAUGCUUGAUAAAAAAUAAAGUUCAUAAGUCAUUG